UUACGGGAAAGCAGUGUAGUACUAGAAAGAAAGAAUGGUUCAAGUCAAAUAAAACUCCCUUUUAGCACUUUUUUUUAUCUAAACUUUCAGUUAGGAUAAUCAUCAACAACUACAAUUACAACUCAAGUGGGAAACAAGCCAAAUUCCCAAUUCAAACUUCAGUUUUCAGUUAGCCUUCCCUCCAGACUUAAACCAACCAACCACUCUACCAUAGAUUUAGUCAUCUUCUCCAUCAAAUUCUGAAUCAGCGGUUGGUUUGUCUCUCAGAGUCACUUAGCAGUCAGCAUGUACCUUGUCUGCACACAGUUCGCCCUCUGUGGUCUAGUCCUUGUUGGCAUCACAACUUCAUUUGGUUCCCCUCCUGAGCUGCUGUUUGAAGUAGAAGCAGAGCCUGAAUUUUCUUUGGUUUCAGCUGUCUCGUCUUCUUCCCCAGUACUGCUGCCCAGCACAGAUCCACUUUUCUUGUUAAAUGUAGCAGCUGGCUUACCAGCAGCUGCCUUGGCAUUUGCAGCGGGUUUUCUGCCUCCCUUCUUUUUUGUGUCCAGGGCAGAUACUUCUUCUACCUCAAAAUUUUCAUCAUACAUCAUCAUCAGAAAUUUCCGUGAAAGAGGCCAAGGGCUUUUUCUGUGCUGCAGCCCUUCGCUGGGUUCUUUCUUCCUAGCUGCUGGCAGUUGUGGAACUUCAGUUUCCAUGCAGAUCCAUCAGGAGAAGACUCUUUUAGCACUUAGUUUAAGGAUCAUGCUGACUUAUAUAAAUUGAUUCAUCAAACUUGCUAUUAUAAUUUUUUUUUCCUGGGAUGCAGUGUGUUUUUUGAAUUGGUAUUUCCUCUGGGGUAUUGGGUUUUAGUGUAGAUCAAUAGAUUCAGUAGUAGAAUAUGUGCUUCCUGUUGGGAUAUUUAUUUUCUGCAACUUCAUGCAUCUUUUUUUUUUUUUUUUUCAUUUGUUUAUUUUGUUUUGCUGGAUGUCCCGUGUGACUAUCUUAUAGGUCCGUCGGUUAGCAAUGGAGGUCAAACAACUUGCCUCAGCUCGACAGAUAACUGUUCUAAAUGGGAAUUCUGGCCAAA